AUGGCGGUUCAACAAAGAAAUAACAAUUCCGGUAGAAAGUCCGAUAAGAACGCCCCAUCAGUCCCACAAGUGGAUGCAUUGUUGGACAGGCCGCUUGAUAUUGAUGCCCCCCCUACUAUCUAUAGUGUCAAUUUGAAGCCGGAAUACGGUACAGCUGCGUUGAAUCUGUCUGCUGAUUUCAUCAAACAAGAACAAGCACAGGCCAAUAAGUAUUUGUUCUUUCACCCCAUCAUUCUCAUCGUUCUGGCCUUUGGGCUGCUUAUUUACUUAACUCCAAGAGUCUAUUUUCCUUUAAGAAAUACGGGGUCCGUCGCCGGAUGGUUCUACCAGCUGGCUCUAAUCAAUAGGAGAGAGGUCCUCACUGGGCUAGUGUUUACUGCGAUCGGUGCGUCCUUCCUGUUCACCUUACUUUCUCGCGUAUCCGACUCAUAUUUCAAGUCCAAGAUUAACCAACUUGUCGCUUCAAAAGGUGAAAAGGUCUUUGGUAUAAACCUGAACGAUUUGGUGGCAAGACACGAAACGGAAGAUCCAGUAGUAAACAAUACACAUAUCAUUGUUUAUAGAGAAACACCCAUUGCAUUGAUUUCGUUAUCUCCUAACAUGACCUUGUCUACCAAUGAGAACUUAGUCAUGAGUGUUACCACUGUGGGUUGUCGUCGUGUAUAUGUCAAAAGUGGUAUUAUCGAAGACCUGAUUGACUGGGCUAUGCUGCACUCUAAAAAUAUUAGAAACAGCGGUAAGUAUGGGGAGACCAUGAAACUCUUGAUCGAUGUCUACUCAUUCGAUAACACAUUUAAAGAAAUCUUGAAGAAAAAAGGUUUCACUUAUAUUCAAAGCAUUAGGGUCUCUGAAAACCGACUUUUAGGUGGAUUGUUUGGUGUCAAGAAGGAAUUAUGGGGUUUACAAUUCCAUUUCAAAACCGAAAAUAAGCACUAA